AUGCUUUUGCUGUCACACUUUCUGCUUCAAUUCUUGGUGUUGUGCUGGCACUUUUUCCUUUGUGUGGAUUGCCAGGAGGUGUCCCCCUUUGCUAUGCAAUACAAAGUGUUAGAAGAAGUGCCAAGUGGAACUGUGAUAGGGAAAUUAUCUGAGGAUUUUGGCUGGGAAGAGAGAAGUGAACCAGUAGAAACCUUCCAGCAGCUGCAUUUCCCCAAGGAGCUCCCUGUCCGUGUUGGGUCUGGAGAUGGUUUGCUUAGCACGGCAGGGCGGUUGGACAGAGAGCAGUUAUGCAGGCACACCGAUCCAUGCUUGUUCUCUUUUGAUGUUCUGGCUGCCAUACACUUGGCUUUAAUCCACGUGGAGAUUCAGGUCUUGGACAUCAAUGAUCAUGCACCCCAAUUUCCAAAACCUGAGCUGGAACUAGAAAUAUCAGAGAGUGCAUCUUUACGAACACGGAUACCACUGGACCGAGCCCUUGACCCAGACACUGGCUCCAAUGCCCUCUGCUCUUACUCAUUAUCACCCAGUGACCACUUUGCUUUGGAUGUCAUUUCUGGAUCUGAUGGAACUAAACAUGCAGAACUUGUAGUUGUUAAAGAAGUGGACAGAGAGCUCCACUCUUGUUUUGUUCUAGUAUUGACUGCCUUUGAUCAUGGAGAAUCACCAAAAUCAGGCACAACCUUACUUAGGGUAAUUGUUUUAGACUCCAAUGAUAACAGCCCUAUGUUUGCAGAGAGUUCUUUGACAGUGGAAAUCUGGGAAGAUGCUUUGCCUGGGACAAUUCUUAUAAACCUUACAGCCACUGACCCUGAUCAGGGUCCCAAUGGGGAGAUAGAAUACUCACUCAGUAAACAUGCUUCACUGGAGGUGUUGAACAUGUUCAGCAUUGAAGCCAAGACAGGCAGUGUAGUUCUGAGACGCCCACUGGACUAUGAAGAAAACCAUACCUAUGAAGUGGAUGUGCAAGCCAGGGAUCUUGGAGCCAACCCUAUUCCAGCACACUGCAAGAUCCUCAUCAAGGUCCUGGAUGUCAAUGACAAUGCCCCAGAUGUGCACAUCACUUGGGCUGCCCAGGUGCCAGUGCUAUCUGAAGCUCUUCCUAAGGACAGCUUUGUUGCUCUGGUGACAGUAAGUGAUCCCGAUUCUGGAAACAAUGGACAGGUGCAUUGUUACCUUAGUCAAGGACUUGAGCAUUUCAAAUUGAAAAGAACCAACAGAUACACUUAUAUGCUGUUGACCAAUGCCAUCUUGGACAGGGAGAGGUGGGCAGAAUAUAACCUGAUAUUAAUGGUCCAGGACAAUGGGAACCGCUCCUUAGCUGCGAGGAAACACCUCACUAUAUGCAUCAGUGAUGUCAAUGACAACCCACCAUUGUUUGAAAGAAUUACAUAUGAUGUCACCAUUGCUGAGAACAAUGUGCCUCCAUCCUACCUGAUUACUGUCAAGGCUCACGAUGCUGACUUAGAUUUUAAUGGAAAAGUCAGCUAUAGCAUCCAGGAUUUCCUUGUUUCAGACUUGGUCUCUAUUGAUUCAAAAACUGGCGAAAUCUUUGCGCUCAGAGCUUUUGAUUAUGAACAAAUGACAAGUCUGGAAUUCCUGGUGACAGCAGAAGAUGGGGGUCACCCCAAACUUGUGUCGAAUGUUUCUGUUAGGGUUAGUCUGCUUGAUAGGAAUGAUAAUUCCCCUGUGAUCAUGCAGCCAGUGCUGGUGGGAGGCAAAGCAAGGAUCAUUGUUCUAGUCAAUGCACAGACCGGAUGCCUGUGGCUAUCCCUAGGGAACGACAGCCCCCAAGGUACAGCAGUAACCACCAUGACACCAACACUCAAUUCAAACGUUUCCCUGCUAUUCACCAUAGCUGCCAGUGAUGCAGAUUCUGGCAUGAAUGGGGCCCUCCACUAUGACAUUCUGAGUGGGAAUGAUACCAAUUUGUUUCUCAUUGAUCCACUGUCAGGGCAGGUGUUUAUCAACAGCAGCAAUGCCAGCAGCCUCAUUGGCAGUGAAUGGGAAUUGGAGGUGUUGGUAAAGGAUCAAGGGAACUCACCGCUGCAGGCAAAAGCCCUUGUGCAGUUAAGUUUCAGAAAUCAUCUUGACCAGCUGACAAACUCAGCCCAGGAGGCUCAGAUGCUGAGCUCAUCCAUGGUGACUGUUAUCUGCCUAGCUGUGCUAUUAGGCACUUUCCUUCUUAUUUUGGCUUUAAUCGUGUCUAUAUGCAAAAGAGAGAAGAAAGAUAACAUGGCCUACAACUGCAGGGAAGCAGAAGAUGCCCACAGACAUCAGCAGCUCAAGAAGCCCCACAAACACAUUCAGAAAACAGACAUAUAUUUAGUCCCUGUACUAAGAAACAGGCAAGCUUCGCAAAGUGAGGCUGAGCAAGUUCGGUCCUGUGAAGAAGCUUUGCUGAAGGAAAGUGCCUGGGAUGACCCACUGCAGACUUCAUUUCAUUUAACCCCAACACUGUACAGGACCCUUAGAAACCAGAAAGGUCCAGCUGAACAGAAAGAUGCCUUCAAUCUCCCUGCAAUACAGUGCAGACCCUUCCACCCACACAGGCUAAGAAAUGCAUCAAAAGAGAGCUCAAGCCUUCAAGAUGCACAAACCCAUUCCAAAAGCUUAGAGAACCCACAGCUGAAGCCUUUGGGAGAUCAGAAUUGCGACCUCUCACUGCCAACUACUCAUCCCUCAGACAUGACUCUGAAGAGACAGAGAAUUGCUGAGCCAGAUGUGGGGCCCAGGGAAGCCCAUCCCCACCAGCACCUCCUGAGAAGCCUAGUGAGGCUGUCCAUGGUGGCACUUGCAGAGCAGGACCCCACGGGAGAACUUGCUAUGGAGUCGCCUCCUGUUCAGCAAAUCUCUCAGCUGCUGUCUCUGCUGCACCAGGGCCAGUUCCAGCCCAAACCAAAUCACAGGGGAAACAAAUACACAGCCAAGAAUGGCAGCAGGAAUGCAGGGCUGGAUGCUGAUUGCCUUACUAUAAAGGACAGUGGCCAAGGAGAGAGUGAGGCAGAUGACCGAGAUUCAGAAAAUGGACUCAAUCUUUCCAUAGACCAGCUGGUGGGAGAAGAACUCGAGAGCCUUCUAGAGCCCCAUGCAGGGCUGGCCCUGGAGAGGCUGACGGCAGACCCUGCAUGGAUGGCUCGGCUCUCCCUGUCCCUCACCAGCAGCUACAAGGACAAUGUUUUCUCCCCUGCUUCUCUGCACUCUUCUCAGGACCAGGGAGAUGCAGGGCGGGAUAAACCAAGAACCUUUGAGACAUUUGGCAAAGUUACUGGAUCUGACCCAAACGCAGCCAGGACGAGACUGGCCAGCACUUUCCUCUCCGAGAUGAGCACCCUAUUUGAAAUGAUCUUAUCCCAGAAAGCACAGGCCCAUGCAACAACGGCCUCAGGGCUCCUGCAGCAGCUCUCUGUGCAUAGCAAGCCCUUUGGGGUGGACGGCGAUGCUCCUGCUGUGUAG